AUGGACAGAAUGACCCUCAACUACUCUGCUGUCAACCUGAGUUGGGAAAACUGCACGCUGUUGCCGUAUUACAUCCAUUCGGCAGGGAUGGCGGUCAGCUACAUCCUCUCGUACCUGCUGGUGCUGCUACUGUGUGUCGUGGGCAACGGGCUGGUCUGUCUGGUGGUCAUCAGGAACAGAAACAUGCGCUCUGUCACUAAUCUCUUCAUCCUCAACCUGGCCAUCAGUGACCUGCUGGUGGGCAUUUUCUGCGUGCCCACCACACUGAUUGACAGCCUCAUCUCAGGUUGGCCUUUUAGCCAGAUCACCUGCACUAUGAGUAACCUGGUUCAGGGCAUGUCAGUGUCUGCUUCUGUCUUCACCCUGGUUGCCAUAGCAGUAGACAGAUUCACUGGGAUUGUCUACCCCUUUCACCACCGCCUGCGUCCAGUCACGGCGCUCGUCGCCAUCAUCUUCAUCUGGCUGCUGGCCUUCGCAAUCAUCUUCCCGUCUGCCGCCACUCUCACUGUCAUCCACCUGGACGACAUGUACAUGGUGCAAAACGACCAAAUCUACCCCCUGUUUGUGUGCUUCGAGGACUGGCCCAGAGCAGACAUGCGGCGCGUCUACACCACUGUCAUCUUCGUCCACGUUUACCUGGCACCACUCGGCCUCAUCAGCAUCAUGUACGGUUGCAUCGCAGCCAAACUCUCCAGAAACCUCCAGGAGAACCGUUUACGCUCCAGACGGAGGAUGAAGGUCAUAAAGAUGCUGAUAAUGGUGGCGGUGCUCUUUAUGGUGUCCUGGCUCCCGCUCUGGACUCUGAUGCUCCUCACGGAUUAUCAGGAUCUGGACCGCCAGCAGAUUGAUUUUCUGAGCAGCUAUCUGUUCCCUGUAGCGCACUGGCUGGCGUUCUUCAACAGCGGCGUCAAUCCCAUCAUCUACGGCUUUUUCAAUGAGAAUUUUCGCAGGGGUUUUCAGGCCGCUGUGGCUUGCGGGUUCUGCAGAACUGUGGCAUUAGAGAUGCGACACACGCACUUCGUUCUGCCGCCUCCUAAUAAAGUGUCGGAUGGGAGCCGCGGGGUGACCAGCGGGAGGAAAGAGCGAUGUUUUCCGGUGAUGCCGCACGGGGUGGCUCAUGGGAUUCAAGGGAUUCUCCUGGAGGACAUGAACAGGACUGUUGCUUCACACAGGGUGCUCGGAGCCUGGAUGGAGUGAAUGGUGCAGUUUAGGGCUGAAAAAUAUAUCAGUUGAGCAUUGAUAUUGCAAUGUGUGGAACAUCGCAGGAUUCAAUCACCAUUGAUUUUGAUUUGUAUAGCGCUUUUACAAUGUAGAUUGUCAAAGCAGCUUCACAUAGAAGAUUCUAGUGAAUUGAAAGUGAAUUGUCAGUUCAGUUUUCAGAGUUUAAGAUCAGUUCAGUUCAGUGUGUUUUAAUAUUCACUAUUAAGAGUUCAAACACUGAAGAGUAAUCCAUCAAUGAACAGCUCUACAAGCCAGUGGCGGCAGCGGCGAGGAAAAAAAAAACUUCACAAAUGGGCGAAAGUGAAGGGAAAACAAAAAAACCUCAAGAGAAACCAGGCUCAGUUGGGCACGACCAUUUCUCCUAUGGCCAAACGUCUUGUGCAGAGCUGCAGUCUAGGCGCUGGAGGCUG